GUCAUAUGUGACCAUGACUGAGAAAAUGGGUCCAGAUGAGGAAUUUUGACAUUUUCAGGUUUUUGCAUAUUUAGAAAGUAUAUUCAUUCAGAAAUAAAUCCUGAAAAUUUCAGAUGAAAAUCUUCAAAAUUGUCAAUUUUAUGACAGAUUUUGUAACACAGAUAUUAAAAAUGAAAACAGUACAUUUCAGUUAUCCUUUCUUUCUAGUUUAUUUCUCACAUACUGGUAAUGGCUAACAAUUCUGAAAUAAAUAUAUCUUUUGUUACAAUUGCAUGAUAUAAGUAAGAUCCCUUCUUAAUACACAAAAUGAUAAUCAUUUAAAAUCUACAACAAUUUCUAAAAAAAUAUUUCUAAAAUUAUGUUACCAUGGCAACAAAUAUAUUAAAAUCCUUUUUCUAUGAUAAAACUUAAAAAAAAAAAAAACAUAUUCGCUUGAAAUAAGGAUUUUAAAAAGCAAAAUAUUUUAAGGCAUAUGUAUUUACAAAAAUAAACUGAAAAUUUCCCAUGAAAAUAUUAAGAAUGUUUGGUUUUAUGACAGUUUUUGUAACAUGGGUAAUAACCACAAGAAUAAGAUAGAUUUGUCAUUGUUGGUUUAUUUUAAUAAAUUAAAAUAUUUAAUUAGCGAACUUAAAAUUGCCUUAUAUUUAUUGCGGAUGUUUUGGAAUAUUUAGGUAUUUAUCUAUCUUAGUGAAGUCUUUCUUCAUUGGUGAUAAGAAUUUGUUACAUUUAUUCUGAUUGGUCAAAAUAAGUUGUUUUGUUGAGGCCCGGCCUCUUUCUGAUUUCCACUGUAUUUGCCACUGUUGUAUCUGAUUUUGACUUGGUCACACGUUUUUCUAUUUAAAACUUUUUUACUUGUAGUAGUUUGAGCGGGAAUUAACAGUACCCGGAUGGAAUUAUUUUUAUUUUAAUUAUUGAGUCAACAAUUAACAAAAUGUAGACUGUUUUGUGAGAAAACACUAUAGUAGAGAACUGCAAAUUUCUAGUUUGCCGGUUCAAGUAGUGAACUUUUUAUAUGGACAUAAAGGAAUUCGUUUUAUAACUUUAUUAAAUAGUGUUUAUAUUGUGUUACGCUAAGAUGGCGGAUAAAGAGCAGAGGCGCAAGGAAAGGAAAGACUAUAAGAAAAUGCACGAAGGCACAGUGCAAGAUGAUAGCAAUGGCGAGCAGAGGCGCAAGGAAAGGAAAGACUAUAAGAAAAUGCACGAAGGCACAGUGCAAGACGAUAGCACGGGUGAGCAGUUGAAAAGGACAACUUAGUUGUCCGACGGUGCUGGCUUGGUAGAAGAGGAAAUUCCGAUUAAACCGGAAGAACACGACGUGACGGUUAUUACCCCAGCCGGGGCCUCAGGUGAUGACAGGUGCUCUCUACACGAUUCUGAGAGUGACGAUGAAGAGAUGCUUAAUAUAAAACAACAAUUGAGGGAAGCGGAAACUGAGAAAAGACGUCUUACAAAAAUCAAACAGAAGGAAGACCUAAGAAAAGAACUUCGACAGAAACAGGAAGAAAUCAAACAAUUAAAAGACUGUCGCAAAGUGGUUAUUGUUGGUGAUUCUAUCAUCAAACACAUUCCUCCAAUCGAGGGUGUUACAGUUAAAUCCUUUCCUGGAGCAACAAUUGGCAAACUUCAUUAUUUGUUAGAAAAAGGAUUCUUGUCUUUAAAGGGUUUCAGUUACAUCAUUUUACAUGUUGGCACCAACAAUAUAGCUCGUAAUUGUUCGGUUAGUGACAUGUUAGCGGACUUUACCAAUCUUUUGGCAAAAAUUCGAAAGAUUUCUCCGGAGAUUCAUAUUAUUGUCUCAGCAAUUCUUCCGAGACCAGUAGAUAUCAAAGUUACAGAGAAAAAGAUCAAAGAAUUUAACUUAAUGUUGGACACGCAAUUAUCAAAAGAUUUGAAAUUCAAAUUCAUUAAGUCUUAUCGACCUUUCUUACAUUGUGGUGAAAUAAAGCUUCAUUUUUUUGCCAGAUUAGAUGGGGGAUUGCAUCUAAAUUUAGAAGGUUCAGCUAGACUGGGUCACUUCUUUCAUAGAGUUAUUUCAACCUUAUCUUAUUAAUAUGACUUUAGGUGCCGUAUAGUUGUAUUAAUAUGUCAUCUGCUUAAAAGAGGUUCUGAUAAUGGAAUGAUUGUAUGUGGUAAUGAUUGUAUCAUUUUAUUUUAUCAUUUUUUGUCAUUUCAGUCAUAUAUCGUAUAUACAGUACUAUCAUCAUGAUUCAUUUUGUUGAAAUAUGACAGGUAGGCGAAUGUUGAAGUUACUGUAAAAAGUUUUUGUUGCAUUGCUAUAUUAUAUAUAUAUAUAUAAAAAAAAAAAAAAAAAAAAAAAAAAAAAAUGAAAGCUGCAUGUGUUGAUUCAAUUCAAAGAUAUGUGACUAGGAUUUUUGGAUGACAUUUGGCAUUUGUUCUAAUUAGAUGUUUUAAAUAUAUAUAUUUAAAAAAAAAAAACAAAAAAAAACUACAUAAACACAAUAGGACACACAUUUAAAAUCUUUAUGUAUGAAGUCACAUAUUCUUUGUUUAUAUGGACAUGCUUACCUUUUAAUUUGCCUUCCUAAUGCUUGUUUCUUUUUUAUUUCAUGUUUUUUGCAUGUUGUUAAAAUAAUCUUUUUAUGUUAAUCAUUGUCUUGUAGCUUGUCAUACUUCAUUUUCUUUUGCUUCAUUUAUGCUUGUGUUGGCUGUAAUUUGGCGGUUUAUUGAAUAUUCAUAAGAAUAUCAGUGAUGAUCAUGUGUUUGUUAAGUAAAGUUCUUUAUACAACGUGUGAUCAUUGAAUUAUGGCAUUAAAUUUAUAUUUAUAACUCUGUUUUUCUUAUUCUCAAUGAAGGGAGAUAAUUGGUUUAUUUUAAUAAAUUAAAAUAUUUAAUUAGCGAACUUAAAAUUGCCUUAUAUUUAUUGCGGAUGUUUUGGAAUAUUUAGGUAUUUAUCUAUCUUAGUGAAGUCUUUCUUCAUUGGUGAUAAGAAUUUGUUACAUUUAUUCUGAUUGGUCAAAAUAAGUUGUUUUGUUGAGGCCCGGCCUCUUUCUGAUUUCCACUGUAUUUGCCACUGUUGUAUCUGAUUUUGACUUGGUCACACGUUUUUCUAUUUAAAACUUUUCCCUCCCUCCCACCGCCAAGUUUCAGUCAUGUUUUGAAAGUUUACCUUUAAUGAUUAUGAAGCAGACGUGAAUGCUUUAUAAUUAUGUUCAAUGUUCCUUUAUAAUUAUUAAUAUUUAAUGUGAUGUACUCUAUGUGAAGUUGUUUAUAUAGUUGCGGCUGCAUUGAUGUUGUGAUAAAUAUUGUUUAUCCAAAUUUAUAUUUAUUGUGUAUGUUCUUCACAGUACGUCAGUUUAUAAUAUGCAGCGGUUUAUUGAAUAUUCAUAAGAAUAUCAGUGAUGAUCAUGUGUUUGUUAAGUAAAGUUCUUUAUACAACGUGUGAUCAUUGAAUUAUGGCAUUAAAUUUAUAUUUAUAACUCU